AUGGUAGCCAAUGUCGGUCACAAUACUAUGAAAGGUCUGCAACUUUUCAUUGCAGACCUACGAUCGUUGCAGCAGACUGAAGAGCAAGAGCGCAGGAUUCAAUCUGAAAUCGUCAACAUCCAGAAGCAGUUUGGUUCAGUUAAUACCCUCAAUGGAUAUCAGAGAAAGAAAUAUGUUGCUAAACUUGCAUAUAUUUAUAUUACAACAAACACCACGAAAUUAGGCGAUAUUAUGUUCGGCUUAGACCAAUGCUGUCAAUUGUUGGCUUCUACAAUAUAUUCUGAGAAAUUUAUUGGUUAUAUGACUUUAGAGUUACUUUAUCAUCAUCAGAGUGUUGCAUCACACAUUCAGGAUCAAGUUAUCUCGCAACUCAAAAGCGAUUUGGCAUCUACUGAUGAUAAUUUUGUGUCCUUAGCCCUCAAUUUUAUUGGAGUAACCGGUAAGUGCAAUGAAAUACUGACGGAGGAACUGGUACAUGAGGUUUUUCAAGUGCUGCGUUCUCCGACUUCGGCUCAAAUUCUGAAAAAAAAGUCAUCUCUGGCGUUUCUAGCGCUUGUCAAGAAUGAUCCCAGCAUAUUCACACACGAUUCUAGGCGAAAACAACUAUGGAUUCAAAGAAUUGUGAGCCUUUUGGAUGAUACAGCAAAUUAUAGACUCAUGGCUUCCGUGCUUCCCUUGGUAGAGUAUAUUGCACGCGAAAUUGAUUACACAUCAUGCGUAAAAUUGGUGCCCCAGCUAUCUCAGAUCCUGUAUAAUUGUGUUGUCGUAGGCACUACCGGUUCCGACACUUCUACUGAAGAGAAUAAGUUUGCGAGCGUACCAAAUCCUUGGCUUGUGACAAAGCUAGUGUCGCUCCUCAAUGUCCUUAUUUCCUCAUCAACUAAUGCUGAACUUAACAUAACAUCGAGCAAUAUAGAUCAAAAUACCCUGGGGAAACUAAGAUUGUGUGUCACAAGAGUUAUAGAAAUCGGCACAAAGGGUGCAGCCGAUGUACUAACCCGUACUGUUCAGAACACCGUACUUUUUUCGCUAAUCAAUUUCGCCUCAAAACUCGAUCCAUCUGCGGAAGCUAUUGCGAGCUCUGUGGGCGCUCUUUGUUCCCUUCUUGCCUCUAACGAUACAAACACCCGCUACUUAACGCUGGAUUCCUUGGUUAGGCUUUGUUCAAUGAGCGGGAGACCUGCGCAGAAUGCUGUUCGCGCAAAUCAUAUGAAUCAAUUGUUUCAUCUUCUACGCAACGAGCGUGACUCCUCAAUUGUACGAAAAUUGGUGGAUUUGCUUUACACUUUGACAGAUGCAGAAAACGUGCAACUGAUUGUCGAUGAACUUUUGCAGUACAUGACAAAUGCAAAACAUACCGAUCACCACAUUCGCUCUGAUCUUGCAGUCAAAGUUGCUAUUCUAACGGAAAAAUUUGCUAAUGACUCUAAUUGGUAUGUGAUCGUAUCUUUGAAACUACUUUCACUAACCAACACUUCUUUCAAUGAUGAUGACAUAUGGCAAAGACUAUGUCAGAUUGUUGUCAAUAAUGAAUCUUUACAUCAAUUAACAUGUGAUCACUUAUUGGGAUACCUACGCGAAAAUCACACGUCGGAGGCAAUUGUUAAAACAGCAGCUUUCCUGUUAGGUGAGUAUGUGAAUUUAGUAAUUGAUAAAUGCUCCGUUGGUGAUUUGUUUAAUCUGUUCACGGGAAAAUAUUUCACUGUUUCCAACAUCUGUCGAGCCAUGAUUCUCGCUACUAUGAUGAAACUUUACAAAAGCGACCGGCAGAUUGGCUCAGCAGUGAUUAAGUUUUUUCAGUUGGAGCUGAAUUCGCUUGAUGUUGAACUGCAAACAAGAUCAUUUGAGUACUUGAAAAUUAUUCAAUUCGAGAAAAUGCAUGGUGCCCAAUUGACUAACAUAUUGUUUAGUCCCAUGGCGCCCUUUAACAGUAAGAAAAACCCCUUAUUGGGCCGUUUAGGAAAUCUACCUUUUGGGAGCACUGAUACUGUCAGUUCUUUCUCAUCUGCUGGAAGUAAUUCCACAGUUCCAACCCCGCCACCUACCAGAAACUCCCGAAAACGGUCUCAAUCAUACUAUUCCCAGAAAGCACUUUCUGCUCAUUGGCAAGAAGGAUUUCAUCGAAUGCUGAAGCAUAGGCAGGGUGUUCUUUAUUCAUCUUCUUUGAUUAAGAUUCUUUACAGGGUCAGUCCAUCUCAAUCUCAACCGGAGCUAUCUGAGGUAACUUUGACCUACAUCAACAAAAUCGAUUUACCUUUUGGUUCCUUUCUUACUGAGCUGAUAUCGUGGCGUACAGAUGAGAACCCUGCGUAUAUUGUUCAUACUAUAGAAGUUCCAAAAGUUGACAUCGCCCCUGGAGAACGCACAACUCAUAAAUUCGAAGUUCUUACUCGGCACGCCUUUCCUGUUGAUCAAAGUCCAAUUCUGAGUGUCGGAUUUAAAUGUGGUAGAGGUAUUCAUUCAGUUUGCUUGAAGGUUGGUAUGGGUAUUACCAGUACUAUUCUUCCUAUGAAGCCAGGCGGCCAACCCAAUGUUUCACUUCCACAAUUUAUACAACGUUGGCGAACUAUUAGCGAUGCUUUCGGGAAAGAAGGAGAAUGUUGUGCUACUGUUGAAAUUCAGAAAAAUGAUGUUUACGCCCAUGUUCGACAUACGGUUGAAAAGCUUGGUCUUGAGAUCGUGGAACAAGCAAUGGUCGAAAAUACCUUGUUCGCAGCAGGUAUCAUCCACACAAAAAGCGAUGGUAACUUCGGUUGUCUCAUGAAGCUCAGAUGUCAAUCUAAUGAUGUCAAUAUAACAUGUAAAACGACGAGUGGCGGUGAACUCUCCAAAUUUGUUGUAGACUGUAUUGAAAAGUGUUUGACCUAG